AGCUUGAAACAACCUUUGUUUCUGUUAUUUUCUGUGCGUGCACUUUUGGAUUUCUUGCAUGAUCCAAAAGGUUCUGCUCUCUACGGCUUUUUGUCUGCGACUGUGUCGGCCAUAGAGUCCUUAAUUCAAUCUCUCUCUCUCUCUGAGGAACAGCAAAAUUUUGGAAGUGUAUUUGUGUUUCUUUUUUCUUUUUUUUUUUUUUCUGUUUUUUUUCUUGGGUUUUUGUGGUUGGAGGAUUUGUUGCGAAGUUUUCCGGAGAGGUAGGAGGAGUUGUCGCUGGGGAGAUUUUUGUGAAGGUGGUUACGGAUUUUUUGGUUUGGUUUUCUUUUUGAUCGGAGAGUGUGUAAGAGAAGAGCGACUGUGUGUGGGGGGGGAUGGGGCAGAUCUUGCGUUUUUGGAAGGUUGAAACAAAGAUUGUGUGCGAUUGUCUGCUCUGAGACUUGGUGAAUUGGUUGGUCUUCGAGUCGGGACGAUAGGUUUUUUUGACUGGUUGAGGAAGCAACAGUGGGGAGGGUUUCAAUUUGUGUAAAGCUGCUAUGUGAUUAUGCGCUGAAUUCAGGGAAAUGAAGCUUCGGCAAUGUUGAGAUUUCGUGGGAUUACGGCUUUGAGUGACGGAUUUUGUGUUCGAGUCGUUGGUACGCAUCUUAGGGGGUUUUACUGAGAGGAGAUUCUGAGACUUUUUUAUGUGAUUCGCUGUAGGCUCUGUAGCCAAGUGGCACACACAGAUUCCAAAUUUGAUCAUAUUAUUGUUUGUAAGAGUUUACUGGGGUGUUUUUACGCGCUGAAAAGAAUUAGCUCUGUGGAAUUGAAAUGAUUACGUUUAUGGAUGCGAAAGAGAAAGCCAAGGAGGUGGACAAGUGCUUGGAUCCUCAGCUAUGGCAUGCUUGCGCGGGUGGAAUGGUGCAAAUGCCUUCGGUGAACGCCAAGGUCUUCUACUUCCUUCAGGGCCACGCCGAGCAUUCCUGCGGGCCCGUCGAUUUCCGGAGCUGCCCGAGGGUUUCUCCGUACAUACUCUGCAGAGUUUGUGCCGUCAAAUACAUGGCUGAUCCUGAGACCGACGAGGUCUUCGCCAAGAUUAGGCUGGUCCCGGUGAAUGCCAAUGAGCCGGACUACGAAGACGAUGGAGUCGGAGGGAUUAAUGGGUCAGAACCGCAAGAGAAACCGGCGUCGUUUGCGAAGACGCUGACCCAAUCGGACGCCAACAAUGGCGGGGGUUUCUCCGUUCCGAGGUACUGCGCCGAGACGAUCUUUCCGCGGUUGGAUUACUCGGCGGAUCCCCCUGUGCAGACCAUUCUGGCUAAGGAUGUUCAUGGCGAGACGUGGAAGUUCAGGCACAUUUACAGGGGGACGCCUCGGCGGCAUCUGUUGACGACGGGGUGGAGUACUUUUGUGAACCAUAAAAAGCUCGUGGCCGGGGACUCGAUUGUGUUCUUGAGGGCGGAGAAUGGGGAUCUUUGUGUCGGGAUUCGGCGGGCCAAGAGGGGAAUUGGCGGUGGACCGGAGAUGGCGUCGGGGUGGAAUCCGGCAGGCGGGAAUUGCGCAGUGCCGUAUGGAGGGUUUUCGGCAUUCUUGAGGGACGAUGAGAGUAAACUAAUGAGGAAUGCUAACGCUAAUGGUAACGGUUCGAGCUCCAAUGGGAGCGUGAUGGGUAGGGGGAAAGUGAUGGCUGAAUCUGUUCUCGAAGCUGCGACGCUUGCUGCUGGUGGGAAGCCAUUUGAGGUUGUUUACUAUCCUCGGGCGAGUACGCCAGAGUUCUGCGUGAAGGCUUCCUUGGUGAAAGCAGCAUUGCAGAUCCGCUGGUGCUCGGGAAUGAGGUUCAAGAUGGCUUUUGAAACUGAAGAUUCUUCACGGAUCAGUUGGUUCAUGGGAACCAUUUCUUCUGUUCAGGUUGCUGAUCCCCUCCGCUGGCCUGAUUCACCUUGGAGGCUUCUCCAGGUUGCAUGGGAUGAGCCAGAUUUACUUCAAAAUGUGAAACGUGUGAGCCCAUGGCUGGUGGAAUUGGUAUCAAACAUGCCCGCCAUCCAUCUACCCUUCUCACCACCGCGGAAGAAGUUGAGAGUGCCACAACACCCAGAUUUCCCCUUUGAAGGCCAACUUCCAAUGCCGACAUUUUCCGGCAACCUCCUUGGGCCCAGCAGCCCCUUUGGUUGUCUACCCAACAAUACUCCUGCUGGCAUGCAGGGAGCCAGGCAUGCUCAUUAUGGUCUAUCCUUAUCAGAUCUCCACCUCAAUAAGCUGCAGUCAGGUUUGUUUGCGGCUGGUUUCCCGCCCCUUGAUCAUGCUGCUACACCCACUAGAGCCCCAAAUAACCCAAUGUUUCAGAAACCUAGCAUGAGUGAGAAUGUUUCUUGCCUGCUAACCAUGUCACGUUCUACACAGACUUCAAAGAAACCUGAUGAUGUCAAGACACCACAGUUUUUACUUUUUGGUCAACCAAUACUUACAGAGCAGCAGAUCUCUUUGAGCUGCUCCGCCGACACAGUCUCACCAGUUGGUACUGGAAAUAGUUCAUCAGAUGGGAAUGGCGAUAAAGUGACAAAUUUCUCUGAUGGUUCUGGUUCUGCACUUCAUCAACACGGCAUACCUGAGCGCACAUCCUGUGAAGGAUUCCAUUGGUAUAAGGAUAAUCGCCAAGAAACUGAGCCGAAUUUGGACACUGGUCUUUGUAAAGUCUUCAUGGAAUCAGAGGAUGUGGGUCGUAGUCUUGACCUUUCAUUACUUGGGUCUUAUGAGGACUUGCACCGAAAACUGGCCAACAUGUUUGGCAUAGAAAAUUCCGAGACCUUAAGCCAUGUGCUUUACCGGGAUGUUAAAGGGGCAGUGAAACAUGUAGGAGAUGAACCAUUCAGUGACUUCAUGAAAACAGCGAGGAGGUUGACGAUUCUAAUGGAUUCAAGCAGCGACAAUGUAGGAAUGUAGAGAACGCAAUAAAACCUUCAUUUCAAUUGUACAGCUGGUUGAUCAAAUCCUUUGUUCUUGUGCUGACAUUUUACCCUUCUUGAAGUUGUGGGAUCGAGGAACCAUUCUCAUCCAUUUUUUGGACUUUCAAGCUUUCUUCCAUUUUUCAAAGAAGUCUUUGGAUUUCGAGACUCUCUUUCAGUGCCAUAGUUCAUUCGAAAUUUUUGUUGAUAUUGUUGUUUCUUUA